CGCCGUCGUGCCACAGAAGCUGGGACUGCCGGCCUCAAGUCGCCGCGUCUCCACCCGGCUGGUCUUUCUGGAUCUCUGCAAUGGCGGAACAGCAGCAAUUCUACCUCCUGCUGGGUAACCUGAUGAGCCCUGACAACAAUGUCAGGAAACAAUCAGAGGAGACCUAUGACACUAUCCCCGGUCAAACAAAGAUCACGUUCCUUCUUCAGGCCAUCAGAGAUCCAUCUGCUGCAGAGGAGGUCAGACAGAUGGCAGCGGUGCUUCUGCGACGGCUGCUGUCAUCCUCCUUUGAAGAGAUUUACCCCGGCCUCACAGUUGACAUGCAGACAGCCAUCAAAACUGAACUUCUGACCAGCAUCCAACAGGAGACUUCACCAAACAUCCGCAGGAAGGUCUGCGACAUCGCGGCAGAGCUCACCCGCAACCUCAUUGAUGAUGAUGGGAACAACCAGUGGCCAGAGGUGCUCAAGUUCCUUUUUGACUCUGUCAAUUCAGACAAUGUUGGCCUGCGAGAAGCAGCCUUACACAUACUCUGGAACUUCCCAGGAAUCUUUGGCAACCAGCAGCAGCAUUACAUGGACGUUAUCAAGCGCAUGCUUGUUCAGUGCAUGCACGAUCAAGCAAACCCUCAGAUCCGUACGUUGGCCGCCCGGGCUGCAUCCUCUUUUGUCCUGUCCAAUGAAAGCAACUCAGCCCUGCUUAAGCAUUUCUCCGACCUACUGCCAGGCAUCCUGAACGCAGUGAAUGAGUCCUGCUACCAGGGAGACGACUCGGUCCUCAAGUCUUUGGUGGAAAUUGCCGACACGGCACCUAAAUAUCUGAGACCAAACUUGGAGGCCACUCUGCAACUCUGCCUCAAGCUCUGCGCCGAUGGCAACUUACCCAACAUGCAGAGACAGUUGGCAUUGGAAGUCAUUGUCACCUUGUCAGAGACGGCAGCGGCCAUGUUGAGAAAACACACCGCCAUUGUGGCUCAGAGUGUGCCCCAGAUGCUGGCUAUGAUGGUGGACCUUGAGGAGGAUGAGGACUGGGCCAUGGCUGAUGAGCUGGAGGAGGAUGAUGAUUUUGACAGUAAUGCAGUAGCAGGAGAAAGUGCUCUAGACAGAAUUGCUUGUGGCCUGGGAGGAAAGAUCAUUUUGCCUCUGAUCAAGCAACACAUCAGGCAGAUGCUGCAGAGCACCGACUGGAAGUAUCGCCAUGCUGGGCUGAUGGCGUUGUCGGCCAUUGGCGAAGGCUGCCACCAGCAGAUGGAGGCCAUCCUUAAUGAGACGGUCAUCUCUGUGCUACACUAUUGCGCUGACCCACAUCCGAGGGUGCGCUAUGCUGCCUGCAACGCUAUUGGACAAAUGGCUACAGAUUUUGCACCGACCUUCCAAAAGAAGUUUCACGAUAAGGUGAUCCCCAAACUGCUUCAAACCAUGGAAGACCAGAGUAACCCCCGAGUGCAGGCGCACGCUGCUGCGGCUCUCAUUAAUUUCACAGAAGACUGCCCCAAAUCUCUGCUCAUCCCUUCCCUUGACAACUUGGUGAAGCACCUCCAUUUCAUCAUGGUAGCCAAGUUGCAAGAGUUAUUCCAAAAGGGAACCAAACUGGUCCUUGAGCAAGUGGUGACCUCCAUUGCGUCUGUGGCGGACACUGCAGAGGAGAAGUUUGUGCCAUACUACGACUCAUUCAUGCCCUCGCUCAAACAUAUUGUGGAAAUUGCUGUGCAGAAGGAGCUGCGGCUACUUCGAGGCAAAACCAUCGAGUGCAUCAGCCUCAUCGGUCUCGCUGUUGGCAAGGAGAAGUUCAUGCCAGAUGCCUAUGCUGUCAUGCAGCUGCUUCUCAAAACCCAGACUGACUUUAAAGACCUGGAUGAUGACGAUCCACAAAUCUCGUACAUGAUCUCAGCCUGGGCCAGGAUGUGCAAGAUCCUGGGGAAGGAUUUUCAGCAGUACCUUCCAGUGGUGAUGGGCCCCCUAUUGAAGACUGCCUCCAUCAAACCUGAGGUGGCUCUGCUUGACACCCAGGAUAUGGAGAAUAUAUCAGAGGAUGACGGCUGGGAGUUUGUCAACCUGGGAGACCAGCAGAGUUUUGGCAUCAAGACCGCAGGCCUGGAGGAGAAGUCCACCGCUUGCCAGAUGCUGGUAUGUUAUGCCAAAGAGUUGAAGGAAGGCUUUGUAGAGUACACUGAACAAGUGGUGAAACUGAUGGUUCCUUUACUCAAGUUCUACUUCCACGAUGGUGUGCGAGUGGCGGCAGCGGAGUCCAUGCCCCUGCUGUUAGAAUGCGCCCAGGUUCGGGGACCGGAGUACCUCACUCAGAUGUGGCUCUUUAUGUGCGACGCCCUAAUCAAGGCCAUCGGGACGGAGCCGGACUCAGACGUCCUGUCGGAAAUCAUGCACUCUUUUGCCAAGUGCAUCGAGCUGAUGGGCGAUGGCUGUCUGAACAAUGAACAUUUUGAGGAGCUGGGUGGCAUUUUGAAAGGCAAACUGGAGGAGCAUUUUAAGAACCAGGAGCUGAGGCAGGCUAAGAGGCAGGAUGAAGACUAUGACGAGCAGGUGGAGGAAACCUUGCAAGAUGAGGAUGAGAACGACGUGUACAUCCUGACCAAGGUGUCGGACGUCCUGCACUCUGUUUUCAGCAGUUACAAGGAGAAGGUGCUCCCUUGGUUUGAACAGCUGCUCCAGCUCAUUGUCCAGCUCAUAUGUCCAAAUAGGCCAUGGGCUGACAGACAGUGGGGGCUGUGCAUUUUUGAUGAUGUGGUGGAGCACUGCAGCCCUUCAUCCUUCAAAUACGCAGAGUACUUCCUGCGACCAAUGUUGCAGUCUCUGUGCGACUCUAGCCCCGAAGUUCGCCAGGCAGCCGCCUACGGCGUUGGUGUCAUGGCACAAUACGGAGGAGAGAACUACCGGACGUUCUGCACAGAGGCCAUCCCCUUGCUCUUCAAUGUCAUCCAGGCAGCCGAUUCUCGCUCAAAGGAGAACGUCAACGCAACAGAAAACUGCAUCUCGGCUGUUGGAAAAGUAAUGAGGUUCCGGCCCGAGUGUGCAAAUGUCAAUGAAAUUCUCCCCCACUGGAUCAGAUGGUUACCUCUCAAUGAAGAUAAAGAGGAGGCUGUCCACACCUUUGACUUCCUGUGUGAUCUCAUUGAAAGUAACAAUCCUAUUGUCCUUGGACCGGACAACUCCAACCUACCUAAACUCUUUGCCAUCAUUGCUGACGGAGUAGCAAACGAGUCUGUGAAGAGCGAAGAUGCUUGCAGUAAACGUCUGGCUAAUGUGGUCCGUCAAGUACAGAUGUCGGGAGGAUUGUGGUCCCAGUGUAUAGCGGCGCUCAGUGAGACGCAACAGAAAGCAAUACAAGAUUUACUGAAUGCUGCCUGAGCCACCUGGUCAUACUCUCACCCAUAAAGCCCCUGAAGAAAAGUUGACACACUCCUCGUCUUGAUCUGCAGUGUUGGAUGCUGGCUUCAAGCUUAUUAUACAUACUGCCCUCAAUUGACUGGAGCGAAAAUUGAGGACCCUGACGCCGUGAACUGAUUGUCUCAUCUCCUCUAGCUAGGUGUUUAUUUCCAACCAUUCCCUCAAGUCUAACAUGCAUCUGCCCAGAGACGCGUUGCCCCAUCACAAAUUCACGAAUAAUGAUCAGAGGGGAGGGACUCACUUUAGGGGGAGUGUAGCAUAUGGGACAGGACUUUCUAUUGGACUGCAAAGCUCAGUGAGUUGAAAAUGCACACUGGGUAAUCACUGCCUGUUGCCUGUGAAUUUUGUUUUUCUUCCUUCCCCUUUUCUGGUUCCUCAUUACAUGUGGGAAGAAGACCUCUGUGAAAGAGGAUGCUUCCAAAGUACCAGUAAUGGCAUGUUUUAAGUGGCUAACUCUUCUAGUGAACAUAGUGAAUUUACUUCUUUGGGGAGUCACUGUCAACUUAGCAGCUUCCUGUCCUAUCCAUAGCCUUCCGAAUAGCUGUUCAGAUGAAUAAGUCAUUUGCGUCCACCCCCCGAAUGUCAGAGCACCACUUUUAGGUAGCAUUGGAAGGGGUGGGGUUGGGGGAAAUCCCAACCUGUUGUUGGUCGCUACCAACCAAGUUGAAGUCUAACUGCUUGUUGCGAAUUUGUGCGUGCUACCAUACUCUUUAUGGUGUAACCCUUUACAGCCCUGCAGGUAUGUGGUGAAAUUCACAAAGUACCUACAAUAAAAUUCCAUUAAGAAUUCUGAAA